AUGCGUCCAGAAUCAGAAGGAAUAUACCAAGACAGUCCUUCGUCUCAAGCAAAUGUACAAACACCCGAAAAUGAAAAGGAACAAAUUGUUCCUGACGCACAGGAGUCACCUUCCCUUGAUCGUGCAGGGUUGGAGCGUACGAGAAGCAUCAUGGACGAUGAUGAAGUGGAAAACGACAAAACUGAGGAUAGGACCCUCCCAGAAGAUGACGACAAUAAUGUUAGUAUUCUGGAUGUGGAUGAUGUUGUUCCAAAUAGGCCACAGAGAUCGUCAUCCAUCAGUGGCCUGAAACUAGUAGAUAGCAAUGAAUGGGAGAAUACAUCAGUUCAACAGCAAAGUUGUCCAACAUGCCAGGAUGGACUUCAGUUCACGACAGGUUGUGAGGGCCAGCUAGUCGAGCAGUUUCAGUUCGUUUCAGCUUGUCGCCAUCCAAGGGACUUUUUGACAAUUUUCCAGGAUCAUGCUGACAGUUUUGACGGUGCCGAACAUGCAGUUGCUGGGUUCUAUCAUAUUCCCAAAGAUUGUGAGUACUGCGGGGCCGAAUCAACAAAAUUUUGUCCUGGUCGUUGUACGCGGCCAAAGUCGUUCUUUCACAGAAAGCGACCCCCUUUCUGUUCACCCAGCAAAACAUGGGAUUCUAAAACAGAUAUUCAGAUUACGCUUAGUGAUAGUAAAGACAAAAAGCAGGAAGUGGACGUUGGACGGUCACCCUUGCGCUCGUUACUUCUUUUUGGGAGGUAA